AUGGCACAGAGUGGAAACAGAGCAGCAUGUGAGAGUGCUGUUACAUCACUUGGUACCGGACAAGAGCUGAACUUUGAUGAUGACACACUGAAAGGUAAAGAUUCUUACAACUGUUAAUAGUGUAUCACCAAAAGGCCUCUAAUAUAGCAAACUAAGGACAAAUAAAAUAAAAUUUAAAAAAAGACAAAAAACCGUCAUUUGAAAACAUUCAACAUACGGACAGAUCACCAGAAAGCCUUAAAGAUUACAAACUAAGGACAGAUGAAAUAGAAUAUACAAAAAAGAAAAAAAGCCGUCAUUUGAAAUUAUUCAACAAAUGGAAGUGGUUAAAGAGGCAAAGUCGUUAAACAGUAUCUCUACUGAAGGUGGUUUUUUCAUUUUUUAUCUAGAUUAGGCUUUUCGUAGAACUUGUGAUCGAGUUUAUCACUUGUGGCAUAAUGAAUGGAUGUUAAGGUACUGGUGCUUUAUAUACGAGUGAGGAUAAUGUCAAUUUAUAGCUUUAUACUGAUUUUCCAGAUCAAACCAUUAUGGCACAGAGUGGAAACGGAGCAGCAUGUCAGAGUGAUGGUACAUCACAUGGUACCGGACAAGAGCUGAACUUUGAUGAUGACACACUGAAAGGUAAAGAUUCUUACAACUGUUAAUAGUGUUUCACCAAAAGGCCUUUAAUAUAGCAAACUAAGGACAAAUAGAAUAACGACAAAAAAUCGUCAUUUGAUAACAUUCAACUUUUGAUACAUGAAGACUGAAAGUCUUUAAACAUUAUCUCCACUGAAGGUGUUUUUUAUUUUUUAUCUAAUAUUAGUUAAUACUAGUUAAUAUUAAUUUAGAGCUUUUUACCGAUUUUUCCAGAUCAAACCAUUAUGGCACAGAGUGGAAACGGAGCAGCAUGUGAGAGUGAUGUUACAUCACUUGGUACCGGAGAAGAGCUGAAUUUUGAUGAUGACACACUGAAAGGUAAAGGUUCUUACAACUGUCAACAGUGUAUCACCAAAAGGCCUUUAAUGUAGCAAACUAAGGACAGAUGACAUAAAAUAUACAAAAACGGCAAAAAACCGUCAUUUGAAAUUAUUCAACAAACGGAAGUGAAGGUGUUUUUUUCACUUUUUAUCUAGAUUAGGCUUUUCGUAGAAUUUGUGGUCGAGUUUAUCACUUGUGGCAUAAUGAAUGGGUGUUAUGGUACUGGUGCUUUAUAUACGAGUGAAGAUAAUGUCAAUUUAUAGCUUUAUAAUGAUUUUCCAGAUCAAACCAUUAUGGUACAGAGUGGAAGCGGAGCAGCAUGUAAGAGUGAUGUUACAUCACUUGGUACCGGUCAAGGGCUGAAUUUUGAUGAUGACACACUGAAAGGUAAAGUUUCUUACAACUGUUAAUAGUGUAUCACCAAAAGGCCUUUAACAUGAGAAAUUUAAGGAGAAAUGAAAUAAAAGAUACAGAAAGGAAAAAGCCGUCAUUUGAUAACAUUCAAUAUUUGAUACAUGAAGACUGAAAGUAGUUAAACAUUAUCUCCACUGAAGUUUUUUUUUAUUUUUUUUCUAAUAUUAGUUAAGACUAAUUAAUAGUAGUUAAUAUUAAUUUAAAGCGUUUUGCCGAUUUUUCCAGAUCAAACCAUUAUGGCACAGAGUGGAAACGGAGCAGCAUGUGAGAGUGAUGUUACAUCACUUGGUACCGGUCAAGGGCUGAAUUUUGAUGAUAACACAGUGAAAGGUAAAGAUUCUUACAAGUACUAAUAGUGUAUCACCAAAAGGCCUUUAAUAUAGCGAACUAACGACAAAAAAAUAAAAUAUACAAAACUGACAAAAAAUCGUCAUUUGAAAACAUUCAACAUACGGAAGUGGUUAAAGAGUCAAAGUCAUUAAACAGUAUCUCUACUGAAGGUGGUUUUUUCAUUUUUUAUCUAGAUUAGGCUUUUCCUAGAAUCAGUUGUGGUCGAUUUUACCUCUUUUAGCAAAAUGAAUGGCUGUUUUGUUACUAGUGCUUUAUAUACAAGUGAAGAUAAUGUCAAUUUAUAGCUUUAUACUGAUUUUUCCAGGUCAAACCAUUAUGGCACAGAGUGCAAACGGAGCAGCAAGUGAGGGUGAUGUAACAUCACUUAGUACCGAACAAGAACUGAACUUUGAUGAUGACACACUGAAAGGUAAAGAUUCUUACAACUGUUAAUAGCGUAUCACCAAAAGGCCUUUAACAUAAAAAUUUAAGGAGAAAUGAAAUAAAAGAUACAGAAAGGAAAAAAACCGUCAUUUGAUAAGAUUCAACAUACAUAAAAACGGAAAGUCGUUAAACAUUAUCUCCACUGAAGGUGGUUUUUAUUUUUUAUCUAGAUUAAAUAAACUUUUUCUAAAAUUUGUGAUUGACGAAUUCUUUUACUGUAUUGCUGAUUCACCGUUACAUAUAGCCCUGCAUUAGCUCCCGCCAAGUGUGAUUCCUAUUUUCCCGCCAACCCGAAAGAUGCACACGCACCGCAUAACGGUUUAUUAGUGUGAGCUACAACUUUAAUGCAUUUUCAGCAUUUUUAGUAUUUUUAACAUCAGAAAGUGAGGAACGGAACGACCAAAUUUGCACCUAUUUCACAAGUCUGUAACUAAUGUCAUGAUCACCGCCAUCGGAUGAGUUAACAAGUGACAGCAUUUGUCUAAAGGAGGAAUAAAUGAUCUCUGUCGUAUUUUUGGUUUUAAUCUGUAGCAAAGAGACGAAGAUUGAAAUGAACGCACAAAAAAAUUGCACACGAUAGUCUGUAUUGUACUCUUACCUUUUGUACCCACAAUUGUAAUUAACCAUUUUAUUUUUUUAUACCAUAGCAAGUUUCGUUCCCAAGGGGUAUUCCGGAUUUCAAGAGACGUGGAUGACCGAAUGGGGGCAAAAAUAAAAACCCCCAAACUUCACUGCACCAAAAAUUAUCCCCCCAAAAAAUCCUAUACAGAGCUUCUCACCAACAAUAUUAUUCAGUUAAAAUCAAGGCAACUGAGAAAAUACUUGCCAAAUGUUUCCUAUCCCAAAAGAAUCCCGGAAUUGAAAAUUUUAAACCCAAAAAAUUCUUUUAUCAUCGCCAUCACUUGAAAUCCGAAGUACCUCCACUGGGGUUUCGUUCCACCCUAAAUUUCUUAUUCGAAAGUUUUGCUUAUCACGUACUUAAUAACCGCAAAACAGAUUGUCGAAUACGAAGCAGAACCAGAGAGACCUGACCUGUUGCAAAUUAUGACUAUCAUCUCCCUUAAUGGGUUCUAUGAAUCUCCAAGUAAACUUAACCGAGUUUCACUUGUACGAAAAUGAGAUCUUAUGUUUACAAGCGACAAUCUAAUCAUAGCACAUUGCUGUAAUUGACUCCUGAUUCUGUUUUCAAUUAUGGUUCUGUCACGUGUUACGGAAGUCGCAUUGUAACUCCAUGCUGCUACUAAGUCGAUUGACUACGUAACAAAAAAAAUAACUGAAAAAAAAAAGCUCUGAAUCUGAAGAUGAAUCAGCUUACAAGGUUGUCGAAACGUAUUUAAAGUUCGCAAUGGUCGGUUACUAGGGUGACGUGAGCGAGUGGGCGCCUGAAAUUCUGAAAAGCAGUUUCAUGUCUUGAUUGAAAGCGCAAUGGACAACUGAAUUAGAGCACAUGUACUGUCCUGUUCUAUGAAAAUGACUUCACGGCUAAUUUCAUGACUGCCUGCCACAUAAUUUCAAUGAAUUUGUUUCAAUGAAAUGUGCAAUUACCACUUGUGGCAAAAUGGAUGGUUGUUUUGGUAAUAAUGCUUAUACAAGUGAAGAUGAUAUCAAUUUAAAGCUUUUUACUGAUUUUUCCAGAUCAAACCAUUAUGGCACAGAGUGGAAACGGAGCAGCAUGUGAGAGUGAUGUUACAUCACAUGGUACCGGACAAGAGCUGAACAUUGAUGAUGACACACUGAAAGGUAAAGAUUCUUACAACUGUUAAUACUGUAUCCCCAACAAGACUUUAACAUAGCAAAAUAAGGAGGGAUGAAAUAAAAGAUACAGAAAAGAAAAAAAAUCCGUCAUUUAAAAACAUUCAACAUACGGAAGUGGUUAAAGAGUCGUUUGUUGCCGACGAAUGCUGAUUUCUAUUUUCCCGCCAACCCGAAAGAUGCACACUACCGCAAAACGCCUUUAAUAAUAGUGUAAGUUCCGUCUAGCGCUACAAAUUUAAUGCUUUUCUAGCUUUUUUGUCGUUUUUAACUCUAGAAAGUGAGCAUGACUAACGACCAAAUUUGCUACCAUGCUGUGACCAAUGUCAUCGUCAACGCCAUUUAUUAGUGAACAAGUGACACCAUUUGCCUAAACGGGGAGUAAAUCACCCCUGUCAUGAUCACUUUUUUUGUUUUAAUAUGCAGCAAAGAGACGAAGACGGAAAUGAACAUAUUAAAAAGUUGCACACGAUAGACCGUAUUGUACUCUUAUCUUUUGUACUCACAAUUAUAAUUCACUAUUUUAUUUUUUUACACCAUGGCAAGUUUCGUUCCCAAAGGAGUAUUCCGGAUUUUUAAGAGACGUGGAUGAACUAAUUGGGGCAAAAAUCAAAACCCACAAAAGUUCCCUGAACCAAAAAUUAACCCCCAAAAAAUCCUAUACAGAACUACGCACCGACAAAAUUAUUCAGUUAAAAUCAAGCCAACUAAGAAAAUACUUGCCACAUUUUUCCUACCCCAAAAGAAUCCCAGAAUUGAAAAUUUUAAGCCCAAAAAAUCCUUCUAUCAUCACCUUCACUUGAAAUCCGGACUACCUCAACUGGAGUUUCGUUCCACCCCAAAUUUCUUAAUCAAAGGUUUGCUUAUGGCGUAUUUCAUAACCGCAAAACAGAUUGUCGAUUACGAAGCUGAAUCGGAGAGACCUACAACUAAAAAGGAAAGAACCAAGAAUGGAAAAAACAAACAAGUACCCUGUAUUUUUUUGGAUACCGAAAUACACUCAACUCGAAAACGAAGAACCCUCAACGCCGGUGAAAGGGAGUGCAAUAAACCAAAUGGGUCCGUAAAUUUGAAGCGUGACCAUCCCCUUUGGGUAUCUGCGUUGCCUCGACGUACUCUUACCCAUUGUUGGGUAUUUGGAAUCAAAUGUUUUGGCUCAGGGAGGGGAGAGUAUAGUAGAGGUUUACAUUUUUAGCACCUUACAUUGAGAAAGUUUGCGGUAUUGUAGUGUUUGGCAAAUUUUCAUGCGGUACUUGUGUAAUUGUGGCCUUGAAUUCUGAUAUUGUGGUACUUCUAAACAUGCCGAAGUUUUUGUGAUUGGCUCGGGGAUUUUUAGCAUGGUUGUGUCGAAUUUCUCGAUUUCUCUUUGCAGUGUUACGGUGUGCCGUAUACCCCUUGCCGCUCUUCAAUGUUUUUUUUUUUUGCGCAUGCGUAUACUUCUGCCAAAAGACCAGCUUUGAUAGUGUGACAAGUUGCGGUUUUAGAAAGGUUUACCAAACAAUAUUCCCAUGAUAAUUUUUUAUGCGUUUGAACCCAUCAACAGAAAUAUUUAGCAACGCAUUUAUAAUAACGGAUGCUGAAAUCCUAUGGUGCAACCACAGCACCUUCACAUUUUACCAUUUAUUAUUAUAAUUAUUAUAACUAUUAUAUUAUUAUUAUUAUUAUUAUUAUUAUUAUUAUUAUUAUUAUUACUAUUUGAAAAUUUAUUUUAGUGUUAAUCCAAUCUUAAGUUUUUGUAGUUUUGAAAGUAAAAAAAGUGUUGUUGUUGAUGUGGUCUCGAAUUCUGAUAUUGUGGUACUUCUAAACAUGUAGAAUUUUUCUGUUAUUGGCUCGGCGAUUUUUAACAUGGUUUAAGUUGUCGAAUUUGUCGAUUUUUCUUCGCUGUGUUACGGAGUUGGGCAUACCCCUAGCCGCUUCAAUUUUAAUUUUUUUAGCAUGCAUAUACUUCUACUAUAAGACCGCCUUCGAUAGUGUGAUAUCGUGCCCAGUUGCGGUAGUUGAAAGGUUUUCUCUUCAGUGCCAAACAAUAUUCCCAUGGUACUUUGUUAUGUGGCUGAAGACCCUCGUUGAACCCAUCAACUGAAACAUUUAGAAAGGCUGCAUUUAUAUUAAUGGCUGCCGAAAUCCUAUGGUGCAACCGCAGCACCUUCAAAUUUUACCAUUUAUUAUUAUAAUUAUUAUAACUAUUAUAUUAUUAUUAUUAUUAUUAUUAUUAUUAUUAUUAUUACUAUUUGAAAAUUUAUUUUAGUGUUAAUCCAAUCUUACGUUUUUGUAGUUUUGAAAGUAAAAAAAGUGUUGUUGUUGAUGUGGUCAUAGCAGCCAAACAUCUUUAAGUAGCAAACCGAAUUUAUAUACUUAACAGUGUUUUUAUCCCGAGUUUUUAUCAACAAAGUAUUACCAAUGACGAAAGCCGUUGCAAAUUAUGAAGAUUAUCCCGUUACGUUCCAUAAAACUAAAAGUAAACUUUACCGAAUUUCACUAGCACCAAAAAAAAAACAAUAUGUUUAUAAGGAUUAUUGCUGCAAUUGACUCCUGAUUCUGUUUCCAAAUAUGGUUCUGUCACGUCUUACUGAAGUGGUACUGUAACUCCCUGCUGCUACUAAGUCGAUUGACUAGGGUAACAAAAAAGAACUGCAAAAAACGUCGCUCUAAAUCUGAAACUGAAUCAGCCACCGAGAUUGUCGGAAAGUAAGGUUGCAAUGGUUGGUUACUAGUGUGUUCUGAGCGACUUAGCUACUGAAUUCUGGAAAGCAGUUUCAUGUCUUGAAUGAAAGCAUAACGGAAAACUGAAUCAGAUUACGUUACUGUCCUGUUGUUUGAAAAUUACUUCACCGCUCAUUUCAUGACAGCCUGCCACAGAAUUUUGAUUGAUUUGUUCAGUCAAUAAAAGUUUUAUACUAAUGUGAGUUUACCACUUGUCGCAAAAUGAAUGGUUGUUUUGGUAACAGUGCUUAUACAAGUGAAGUUAAUAUUAAUUUAAAGCUUUUUAUCGAUUUUUCCAGAUCAAACCAUUAUGGCACAGAGUGGAAACGGAGCAGCAAGUGAGGGUGAUGUUACAUCACUUGGUACCGGACAAGAGCUGAACCUUGAUGAUGACAAACUGAAAGGUAAAGAUUCUUACAACUGUUAAUAGUGUAUCACCAAUUAAGUACUGGAAGUCGUUAAACAUUAUCUCUACUGAAGGUGUUUUUUGUUUUUUGUCUAGAUUAAGCUUUUUCUAAAAUUUGUGGUGGACGAAUUCCUUUAUCUUGCGGAUUCACUGUUACAUAUAGCCCUGCUUUAGCUCCCGCCAAGUAUGAUUCCUAUUUUCCCGCCAAUCCGAAAGAUGCACACGCACCUCAUAAUGGUUUAUUAGUGUGAGCUACAAAUUUAAUACAUUUUUAGCAUUUUUAACAUCAGAAAGUGAGGAACGGAACGACCAAAUUUGCACCUAUUUCACAAGUCUGUGAGCAAUGUCAUGAUCUAGUACAAACAUUAACCAUAAAGGACUGCAAAGGACCGCAAACGAAUAUGCCGGAGAACGUAGGAUCCAUAAAGACCUGAUCAGCAAAAAUGAAAAGUGAAAAGUAGACAUAUUAAAUUCUGCAAGAAGAAUACUGC